CAGAGGUGCGUUUUGUGGUCGAAGAGCAUCUCGAGCCCGUCUGUGAUUCGCUGUCCGAACCCGAGGGCUCAGUUAAAGCGUCUGCCCGGCUGAAUAUCAGCGCCGCCGCCUUCACUUACUUUAACGGCGAUCGGUGAAACGGAAUGACUCACCACGAUGGAUCAGCAGCGGCGCUUUCGGACCUGAACCCGAACGGGGCGCAGCGCAGCGCAGAGAUCCGCGCCUCGCCGGACUGUGGAGCGCCGUGGAAGUUCAGCCUUUACAUCGACGCUGAUUGGAACUGAACCCGGUGUGAGAGAGUCCGCGUGCCCCACGGUGCCGCUCGAGCUCGGGUCGGUGUUAUUUUGGGUUUCCUCGUGAACAUGGUGGCCGCGGUGAGCCCGGGGGAGGGUGGAGGGUUUAUUAUUACUGAAGCACACUGCGAGUCCUUGAUGAAGUGGCAGGACUCUGAUCUGGAGCUGUCAGGGCAAACAAGGCUGAAACGCUGCUGGAGGGCCAGGGAGGUGAAAUAGAGCGCCUCUCGCCACAGAACUGCAUUUUUCGGGUGGGUUCGCUCAGCUCGGCGCAGUGAGUGACCGACGGCUUGUAGCCGUUCACAUCGGCAUCCGCGCUGAGUUCGGAGAGACAGAUAGGCAGAGAGCGUCGCCCUGGCAUCUGUUCACAUCGCGUCUGCGCCGAACCUCUCGGGCCGUCGGGGCUCCGACAGACUCGCGGAUCAACAUGUGGAGCCUGGCGGCGGCCACCGUGCAGCUUCUGGCCAAAUCUGUGCGCCACGCCGCGGGGAAGGGCCACAUGCAUCUGAACCGCUGGCUGCAGAAGACCCCCGAGUCGCUGGACUGCGAUAAAAUAGACUUGUUGAUCUGCAGCGCCGGCGCAGGGAAGGCGGAGGCGGAGCUGCAGAGCGCGGAGGCCGGCGUGUCGUCCUUCUCGGCCGGGGACCCGAGGAGCCCGUGCUGCGUGGCGACCUGUUGCUUCAAAAGCGCCCUGCUGGCGUGCCUGCUGACGGCCGUGUGCUUCUCGUCGUUGGCGCUGGUCCGCCAGCACCUGAAGGACCUGCUGCUGUGGGUGGAGAGCCUGGACGGCUUAGUGGGGGCUUUACUCUUCGUGAUCGGACUCAUCACCGUGUCGUUCCCGUGCGGCUGGGGCUACAUCCUCCUGAACGUGGCCGCCGGCUACCUGUACGGCUUCGUGCUCGGUCUGGGCCUCGUCAUGGUCGGGGUCCUCAUAGGAACCUUCGUGGCCCACGUGGCGUGCAAGCGGCUGCUGUCCCACUGGGUGCUGCACCGGGUCGGCAACAGCGAGCAGCUCAGCGCCGUCAUUCGGGUGGUGGAGGGCGGGAGCGGCCUGAAAGUGGUGGCCCUGGCCCGCCUCACCCCCAUCCCCUUCGGCCUCCAGAACGCAGUGUUUUCGAUCACAGAUGUGUCCUUGCCAAAUUACUUAGUGGCUUCCUCAGUGGGCCUUCUGCCCACUCAGCUCCUGAACUCCUACCUGGGGACCACACUGCGCACUAUGGAGGACGUUAUAGCGGAGCAGAGCAUAAGUGGAUACUUUGUGUUCAGUCUACAAAUCUUCAUCAGUAUAGGUCUGAUGUUUUACGUCGUGCAUCGAGCACAAAUGGAACUGAACGCUGCCAUCGCUGCCUGUCAGAUGGAAAUGAAAUCCUCCCACAUGAAUGGCAGCAUGGCAAACCACAGUAGCUCCACCUACUGCAGUAAAAGAGCCUUUGCAGGUGGGGGGAUUAACGUGGUCUGAUGUCCAAUGUCAACAUCUUUCCUGCUGUGAGCGUAUUUCACCUGCCUCAUACUUGGAGGCACAGCUUGACAGGAAUGCCAAGGUGACGAUGAAUCAGAGAGGAUGAUUAGGCCUUGGCAGGAGGUCUGUGUCCCUGUAGCACAGCUAGCGGGGAGAAGCCACAGCCCUGGUCAGUCCUGCAUGUUCAGGUGUAAUGCUGGUGUGUGGUGAUGUAGUCACGAAGCUGAGAACUUUCUCCCCAGAGAAGAUCAGCACAGGAUGGAAAUCAUCCCCAAAGGUUGGGGCAAUGGGCCAGUAUUUUGUAACGAAAGAUGAAGUUAAAAUAGAGCCUCAUAGUUUCUUCUGUUUUGUUUUGAAAUUUAUUUUUUAUAUCGUACAAAUUUAAACUAGAACUUCUAUAUCUCUAGAGCAGGUGCAAAGCAUGUGAUUAGGGAGAGCACUACAGUGUUGUAGAAGAUAUUGCUGUAGAGGGCCCAGCUGCUAAUGUAUAUCAGAUGAUGCUCAGUGAGCAACAUAAUUCUUUAGAACAUUUCUGAUUUAAGGUUUAUUACAUUGGCUGUAAAUGCUAAAUAUUGUCGGUUUUUAUGCCUCCUUUUGCUACUUUUCAAUAUCAUGAAGAAAGGGAAUUAUUAUUAUUAUUAUUAUUAUUAUUAUUAUUUGGAGUGGGGAAAACUGUACCAACUGGCUCGGAAAACCAGACUGGGUUUCCUUUUGCGUUUUUACAGUCCGGCCAACAACAGAUGGAAAGGAAGUAAAAAUUUCCCAGCAGGAUAUUUAAGAAUGUCCUGCCAAGAACCUCGAGUGCAGCAUGAUUAACUGAGCAGUGUGAUCCUCCCUGUUCAGUCUCUCAUAUUGCUGUAUGGGGAGGACUGCUGAAAUCUCUGGCCUUCUUUCUUGUAUUAUUUAACCAAAUGCUUUGUUAUAGGGCUGCUAUAAGUUUUGUUUUCUCUGCUCACUAAUUUUGCCUUUUAAGUUGGAACAAAUUUGCAUUGCAUUUUAUCUUGUGCAAUACGUGUGUUAGGCUAUCACUGUUAAUGUUUCAGGUAGUUUAAAUUAUGAUUAUUAAAACUGGGAGAGGAAAAGUUGAAUGGUAAGUUAAGCAGGAUAGUUCAUUCCUAUUAAUAUUGUUAUUGCAAUUAUUUGAUGGUACAAAAUGUUAGAAACCCAAGAUUCACAGAUUGCAAAUUAGCCAUUGGAAUGGAUUCAUAAGUGGCACUUUAGGCCAAACUCCCACAACAGGAUUUAAUGGAUAGUCACUUGCAAAAGUAAGAGCACUCCUGGUGAAAUGACGAUUAUUGAUUUUCUAAGCGAAAAUAAGUUACACAUCCUUUACAGAGAACACACUUAAACAAGACGUUUUUCUGUUCAUUUUAGUGUACAAUUUCUUAUUAUUUGCUAAGCUUAACAUAUUGGAAAAGGUGAGCAUUAAAAUGUUUAGAAGUCUGUUCUCUAUAGAGAAUAUGUUAACCUUGUUUUCACUUACAGAAUCAACAAAACCUUAUUGAACCAGGGGUUCCCAGACCCUUGGAUACGACUGUGAAUUGGUGAAAUGUCUGCACAGGUCCUCCAUCGUCUCCGAAACGAAUACGUGACUGAAUGUGCAAACCUAUCAAAACUGAUAACCUUAAGUAAUUAUGUAAUGCUGAUGGUCUCGGACUCAUGACACAGUCUGCGUUUCUCACUCCUUAGAGAUUCAUUUAAUUAGACACAAACAUCUCCUGAGCUUUGCCUGACUUAGUCGAUUUGGAUUUCAGCUGUUUAAAUUAGCCCAAGGUUGUCUCUUAACAAGCUUAGCGCCAUCGGCACAGUGUGUCUCCUACCCCAAAGUCCUCCGGGGUUCGUUGGUCCUUCAAUACUAAAGAGUACAGCUCAGAGAAUCCUCAACUGAUCUCAAAUAAAUGGUUCUGAGCUUUUUAAUCGAGGCUAAAACAAAAGGGUAAGCGUUAGGGAUGCACUAUGGUAUCAGAAUCAUGUUGGUGCAAGUAGAUAAUGGCUUUGGAAAGGAAAAAAAAUGAGCAAUAUUUGACUCGUUUAUUGAGCAGAACAUAUAAGGCGAUGCUGGGCUGCUGAGCUUAUAUCUGCAUUUUAUUCAUUUUAGUGCAUUUGCAACCCUAUAAAAAUAAUUAUGUCUCUGUAAUGCUAAUUUAGCCAGAUUUAGUCCCGGUUACUACAGCUUAUAAACGUUUAUGUAUCGGCAUCAGAAUCAGCAUUGGCAGAGUUGUGUGCAAAAGUUUUGACCAAUUACCAUGUUUUGUUGGCUUUCUGGGUGAAAAUAAAUUCGCACAUCACAUACAGAGAACACACCUCUGCACAUCUUAAUACACAGUUUCUGUUCAUUUGCUGAAUUUUGCUGCAUGUUGGGGUAGGUAGGAUAUAAAAUGUGGCCUGUGCAAAAGUUAAAGCACAUUUUAUAUACUGUUUUAUUUUUCUCAAAUGGGUAGCUUAUAAAUAGAAAUUUUGCACUACAGUGCCAUGUUUAAGCUGUAAAUGCAAACAUAUUUUUUACUCAUCAACUAUAUUACCAGGGAUCUUCAAACUUUUGCAUACAACCCUAUGUAAAUGAAAAAUAUUCGAUAUUGGCAUCGGCAUGUUCCUAUAUCUGUGCAUCCCUAGUAAACGUUCGUUUUAUGAGAAUUUUGUAAAAGGCGGCCCUGUGGUUUUUUUUUUUUUUUGGUUUUUUUUUUUCCAGCUGGAGAGGAACAUAGAAAGAUGCCUUUCUUUUUACAGUGAUCAAGGCAACAGGGCAAAAGGUCAUUGCAUGUCAUUACAAGUCACGUGACCAGCCAUAUGACCGGCACUGAGCCACUAAUGUAUGACCUACAAGCUAAAUGCAAAACUUACUUUAUUGUACCUUUUAAAAUGUAUGCAAUUGAGAACAAGUAGAUUUAAAUUAGGUUUCACAUAGAUAAAGGUAUCUUUUUAUCUGCUGAUAGAAUUAUUUGUAGUUUAAUACCAUAUGGAGUUUCUGCCAUGAAUUGUUCCCAGAAGUACUAAUGUUUAACUUUAUUAGUUAACAAGUGCUGUCAUGGUUUGCACAUUGACUGAAAUGUACUCCUGCAACUGACUGGAAACGGCACUUGAAACUUCCAGAAUUAUGUCACAAACAUCCACCUAUUCACUGCACGUCUACUGCAUCAUAAACUGACAAUCGACAGGUCUGUGAAUGGUGUGACAUUAGUGAUCUUCAACACUGACUCAUUAUAUGUCUUUAUGUCCACUUGGUUUUGCUGCUACUUGGACUCAAAGGUCUGAGUGAAAUGCUGAUUUAAGGGCUCAAAUUAAUAUUGCAACUUGUUAAUAUUACAACAUUAUAGAUCAUCUGAUUAUCACUUCACAGGCUGAUAGAAAUGGUUAUGGUAGACAGGCCGAAGAACUUUUCUAUUGAUUUGUUACUUGUAUUUUCAGACUUGCAUGUCCUCUGUUAUGGCACACAAAAAGACACAUUCCUCGCUGAUAAUCUGGUACAAAUCAUUUGGACUAAUUCUUUUUUCUUUUUUUUCUUUUUUUUAAUGCAUCCCAAAUGAAUUUGUAUAUGGAAAAUGGAAUGGGCCUUCUAUUUUCUGAAUUUAGCAAUAAUUGAAAGCAGAACUUGCAGAAACAUCCUUGAGUUAGAUGGACAACAACAUUCCUGGUCUUGUGUUACGAUGUCAACCUGCCUUGUACCUCUUGCUGCCUAUGACAUGACAGGACGACAGCCUGUGGCAUGUUCAGACACUUCACUUCUGUUGAGUAUAAAACUAAAACUAAGGACAUGUUUAAGGCAUAUGGUGUCAAAUGCAAAAAAAGUUAUGGUUUUCUACAUGUAUAUGAUAAUCUAUGGGGAAAUAUGACACUGUUGGGAUACACAUCAGUGUCCUUUGUUUAAUCUAUCUGCCCAUUUAACAGACAAGAUUAUGCAACAGAGGAACUCUAUUAAAUCUGAUGUGGGGGCAUCUCUGUAUGGUUCCUGACAAGCCUUUAUCUGAGAUUACGCAUAUGGCUACAGCACAUUCACAGCAAGAUACGGAUGUAAAUUUAGAUAAAGGCAAAUCAGGUACUAUUACGAAACCUCAACCCCCAUGAAACAAGUGCAUUACAAUAACACUGUAUUUUGUAAUACAGAUUCUUACAGUGUGUAAAUGAAUAUUUAUCGCUGUACCAUGCUUGUUCUGUGUUAUUUAUGAAAUAAAACUGUCUAUAUAUAAUAU